GUGUCUCUGCACUUUGAUCGUCUCCCGCGCAUCGCCUCACAUCGCGAAGCAGGUCAGAGCUGACGGUCGUGGAAGAAAAAGUGAAGGGUGCGGCGCUAACAGUGUCCAGUCUGCUUUCUUCUCUACUCUAUCUCCGGCCAUGCUUUCCCUUGCUUCGCUAUCGGUGCUUCUAUGCACGCUCCCACUCCUUUACGCACACCCUCACGUCCUAAAACGCGACCUCGCAUCGAGCGGCCUGACAGGCGCAUCGUGGAUCUGGCUCCCCUCCUCGACCCCAUCGUCCUUCACGAGCAACGCCCCCGUCGGCUCCGCGUACUUCGUCAAACCGCUCACCACGCCACCCGGCAAGACGGCCGCGUCCGCGCUCAUCACGCUCACGGCCGACAACAACUUCACGCUGUGGGUGAACGGGCAGCCCGUCGGCGCGUCGGACGGGAGCAAGCCCGAUAGCGCGUGGCAGACGGCGCUGCAGUUCAGCGCCGCGCUCAACGCGUCCGCCAACGUCGUCGCGGUGAUGGCGUACAACGCGCCAGACCCGGCGAACCCGCAGGCGAACCCCGCAGGAGUUGUCGGCGCGGUACAGGUGCGGUACACCGACGGCACGGCGGAUGUGAUUGGGACGGACAGCACAUGGCUGGCGAUGCAGCCUGGGGCGCAGGCGUCGUACCCCCCGGGAUUCCCGCCGUCUGGGGCGUCGUCGGCGACGCCGCUGGCGGGGUGGGCGCAGGCGGACCAGGCGGGGACGUACGCCAGCAACGUGAGUCCGUGGGGAAACCAAGUCUCGCUGGCGUCGCCUGCGACGUUCAGCGCGCAGAAUCUGUCCGCGAGCGGCGUCUCGUGGAUCUACAACAACGCGACGGCGGUGACAAAUGCGCCGGUGGGCUUCGUAGGGUUCCGCAAGACGUUCAGCACGCCGGCGGGCAAGACGGCGGCGAGUGCGACGGUGGUGGCGACGGCGGACAACUCGUUCCGAUUGUUUGUGAACGGGCAGUACGCCGGGGCCCCGCCGUUCGAUGAUAACGCUGCGGGCAGCGUGAACCAGUGGGUCUAUGCGCAGCGAUUCACUGCGAUCCCGCUCGCUGCUUCGUCGAACAAAUUCGAUAUCAUCGCGCAGAAUUUUGAGUCACAGCAGACGCCCGGUGCCGGGUCGUCCGCGGGGCUCAUCGCUGCGAUUUUGAUCACAUUCACCGACGGAUCGAGUCAGGUGCUCGGCACUGACAGCACGUGGCUCGCAUCCGACGCUCUGGCAGGCGAUCCCUCGUCGUUCACGACCAGCAGCUCGACGCAGCUCAAGCCCGCGUCGGUGCUCGGAGCGUACGGCAUAUCGCCGUGGGGCCAGUUGUCGGGGACGUCCGAUGUGCUCAACGUCGCGCUGUUGCCGGCAAAUGCUGCCGCGGCCCCGGGGGCGUCGAGUGCC